AUGCGGGAGCAGUAUUUGCAGCAGUUCUUGGAAGAAACGGGGUCGUAUAACGGUCUAGUCGGAAACUUUUUCCCGGCGGCGUUGUGGUCGCCAUUGCCACAUUUUGUUCAGACAUGGCUUCGUAUUUACAUUGUCUCUCUCGUCACCUACUUCCUCCUUUGUUCUCUUUGGUGUUUCUACUUCUACCAUUGGAAGAAAGAUAUUUAUUUACUUAAAGUUGGUCCAAUCGCUUACACUAUUCAUGUCAUUGUCCACAUUACAUUGGCCGAGUUCUGGUUAUAUUGGACUCAUAGAGCCUUCCAUGACGUCAAGCCUCUCUACAAGCAUUUUCACUUCGUUCAUCAUCGCUACAACAACAAGACCUCUCUUUCACCUUUUGCAGGUGCCGCAAGUCAUCCCGUGGAGGCAGUACUAGAUGCGUUACCUUACACUAUCUUCCUCUUCUUUGUUCCAAUGCACUUUAAGACGGAGUUGGCUCUUUUGUCCUUGAAUGGGAUUUGGACAUUUCACAGCCACGGUUGUCUCGAAACCAAGAUGUGGCCGAUCUUGACCGCUGAUUAUCAUACAGUGCAUCACAUCAUGCAUCGUUACAACUAUGGCAAUUAUACAUUUAUGAUGGAUUGGCUGUUUGGAACACUUCGUCAUCCUAACUCCCUCAUUGAGGAGGCCAAGUCAGAGUAA